AAACGAAUCGGAAUAAAAAAUUAAAAUGAAUUUUUCUUCUUAUACGCGUAUAUUUGCAAUAUUUUUAAUUGUAUUACAAGUGAAUAGCACGUGCAUCCAUAACUCAAAAGAAUUGGAUGAUCAAUGCAGUACCUAUUGCUAUCAAGUCGUGAAACCCCUUCUAAAAUACGUAAACACGGUUCAAUCAAUGACACAAGAACAUAAUCAGCUGCAGCAUAUUAUCAAGUUGCAAGCAGAAUCAAUAAAGAAUCUAAAUGAAUUGAUAAAGUCUAAAGACAAAUUGAGUGAAUCGUGUGAAAGUCAAAAUCAAUAUCAAAAGAAACUUAUUGAUCAAUAUGAGAUUCAAUUAACUACCUUAAAAUUAGAAAUCUCUUCGAAAGAUCUAGAGAUUAAAGAUUUGAAAUCAGAAAAUAUAAAAACAAAAGAACUUCAAACUGAAAUCACAGCAACUAAACAAGCAUCAAGCUGCCUAGGCAAAUUGACGAAUAUUCAGACCUUAAGAGUCCCCAUAAUUGAAACAAUGGCAGUUCCUUGUGAUUCGAACUUACCUGAAGCUGGAGCUGGUUGGACUGUUAUCCAGUGUCGUAAGGAUGGAAGUGUGAAUUUUAAUAGAACGUGGUCAGAAUAUAGAGAAGGCUUUGGAAAUCUUCAUGGUGAAUUCUUUCUUGGACUGGAGAAGAUUCAUUUGCUAACACAAUCCCAACCACAUGAAUUGUUUGUAUUCCUUGGGGACUUUUUUAAUGAAACCCGCUAUGCCCGAUAUAACAACUUUGUCAUUGGUAAUGAGUUUGAAUUUUACGAGUUGAAAGUGCUCGGAAACUACUCAGGCACUGCUCCCGAUUCAAUGCAACCUCACAUAAAUCAAAAGUUUUCAACACCAGAUAGAUACAAUCAUACUUCUAACAAUUGCGCUCAAACUUAUAAUUCUGGAUGGUGGUUUUCCAAAUGCUAUUGGUGCAAUCUUAACGGAGAAUAUAAAUAUUUCGGUAAUGAUGAGGAUGACUAUAGCAUUAGAUGGAACGCGUGGAAGCUUCAAUCGAUGAAAUUUGCACAAAUGAUGAUUAGACCAAUCGAGUAAAAUUUUAUAAUUAUUAAAAAAAAAAAUAUAACAAAA